AUGGAUAAGACCACGAUUGACGAGGUGUGUGAGAAGAGCGAGGUGGAAUUGUCCCACACCGAAGACGAAGGGGAGGAAGAAGAAGAAGAAGAAGAAGAAGAAGAAUCGGGAGCAGUUGAGUAUCCAGGGACAGUAUUACCAGAUACCAAGAUUGAAAAAAUCGACCACGAUCUGGAAUUGACUAAAGAUUAUGAAGACGACAUUGACUAUUUGGACUUGAUUCAUUUGAAGAUCACCAAUUUAAAGGAUUUGAACUUGGGCAGAUUUACUAAAUUGACCAGUUUAUGUCUAAGACAAAACUUAAUUGAAAGUAUAAGUGAUUUGAAAUACUUGAAUAGUGAGGAUAUUGAAGAAUUGGAUUUCUACGAUAAUCGAAUCAAUCACAUCAGUUCGAGUAUCGCCAAGUUUAAGAAAUUGAAGAAUUUAGACUUAUCGUUUAAUAAAAUCAAGAACAUUAAAAAUAUCGAAGACCUAACCGAAUUGGAAUCGGUGUACUUUGUUCAGAAUAAAAUUAAAGAAAUCAAAAACUUAUCUACUUUAACCAAACUUACCAACUUGGAGCUAGGCGGUAAUAAGAUUGAAAAAAUUGAAAAUUUGGAUAACUUGGUCCACUUGGAGCAAAUUUGGCUAGGCAAAAAUAAAAUAAGCCAAUUAGUAAACUUGAACCCGUUGAAAAAUUUAAAAAUCUUAUCAAUUCAAUCAAAUCGAUUAACCAAAAUUGAAGGCUUGGACGAGUUAACCAAUUUGGAAGAACUAUACUUAUCGCAUAACGGUAUUUCCAAAAUUGAAAAUUUGGAUAACAACCCCAAACUAACCACGAUCGACAUCACUUCAAAUAAGCUAACCUCUCUAUCCAACUUGAAGCACUUAUCAAACUUAACCGAUUUCUGGUGUUCUUAUAACCAAAUAUCAAAUUUUGAAGACAUCGCUUCCGAAUUAGGCGACUUACAAAAUUUGGAUACCGUUUAUUUCGAAGGUAAUCCAAUCCAGCUCAAUAAUCCAACGGCUUACAGAAGAAAAUUAAGGUUAAACCUAGGCAAGUCCCUAUCCAAAAUCGACGCAACCUAUAUAAAGUAA